AUGGGAAACACCAAGAGCAGCGCUUUGUCCAAGGAGAUUUUGGAGGAUCUUAAAAUGAACACCAAGUACACUGAGGAUGAGCUUUCCUCCUGGUAUACCACCUUCCUAAAAGAGUGCCCCAGUGGGCGCAUCACCAAGGAGCAGUUUGAGGGUAUCUACGCCAGCUUCUUUCCCGACGCCGACCCUACCGCCUAUUCGAGGCAUGUAUUUCGCAGCUUCGAUCUCAAUGCAGAUGGGACGCUGGACUUUAAGGAAUACAUCAUUGCGCUGCAUCUCACCUCCUCAGGCAAGACCUUGCAAAAACUGGAGUGGGCUUUCGCUUUGUAUGACGUAGACGGCAAUGGAACCAUCAGCAAAAACGAGGUUCAGGAUAUUGUAAAGGCAAUAUUCAAUAUGAUUCCUGCUGGGGACCAGGACAAACUUCCAGAAGAUGAAAACACACCAGAAAAACGAGCAGACAAAAUAUGGAACUAUUUCCAAAAGAAAGAAAACGAUAAGCUUGCAGAAGGAGAAUUCAUUCAGGGAGUGAUGGACAACAAAGACAUUUUGCGAUUGAUACAGUUUGAUGAGCCAAAGAAGAUUCAGGACAAACUAAAAGAGAAGAAGAACUAA